GCUAUCAGUGUUUUCCUUAGCAAACCACUGGACAAAGACCUCGAAAAACUAGUCUCGGCUGUGCAGAAGGGCGACCGGUUCAAAGCUUUGUCCUUCGAGGACUUCCGGAGAUACGUUUUUCGUGCGUCUGAUCACGACAGUGAACCCUUCCUUUCCAAAGAUGGCAAGUCUGCAAAACCUAAACCUGCCAAGCCCUCCGAGUCGAAAGGGGCAAGCGUGAAGUCAGUGAGUACUUCAAAGCCUCUAUGGUCAUUGGACUCUGGAUUGUUUCUGGUAAGAUCAUCUGCUGACCAACUACGUGUGGCGUACGAUGCCCUUGAGCGAGUGCAUGGCAACGUUACCGUGAAUGCUUUGCUGAUCUCUUUCACAAACAUCUCAGACAUUAUGGCCGUUGACCAAAAAAGAUACAAUGGUGGUGACCGCAUUAUGUGCCGCGUUCGACUCGGAGCGGACAUGAACCCUCUUUGCGGAAAGCAUCCAGUGGUUGCUGUCGUGCCAUCUCGUAUGAUAUGGACUGAGGAAGGCAAGGGCCACUGGCUGAUAGACGGUCAAAAGAUAAAGAGCUUUGCCCAAAUUGGAAGUUUGCCACAUUUCCUCCCACCAGGCAGCGCUGGUGUAAGGGAAUGCACUGUAUGGCUCACUGCACCAUGGCCGACGGAGCAUCGAGCUUUCGACGUGAGAGUCUUUGCCUCUGACGCUGGACGAGUUCCGCUGAGACAGGUAGGUGGCCAAGUUAGCUUCUCUGUCCAUAUGCCAUCCCCGGCAGCGCCAAAGUUGGAACAAUUUGGCCUAGAGCCCCGAGCGAAUAGCUGCUCUGCUCUCCUCCAUUGGGUAGCUCCAGUGGAAGAGAAGUACUGUCCCCCGAUUGUCAAGCACAUUUUGCAUGUUGAGCCUAUGCUUCCACCCACUCAGCAGGUGGUGAGCAGUGGAGACCAGGCCAUCAAGGAUUUGGAGGUGUGGAAUCAGGAUUUGAGGGACUUGGAGAAGCGCAAGAGCAUCAAAGUCAACGACCUUCAACGUGGUGUGCCAUAUCGCUUUGCAGUGCAGUGUGUGCACCAGGUGGAAUCGAAAGAACAAGAAGUCCUCGGAGCUGUCAGCGACUUCUCGGAGACGAUUACGAUGCCAAUCUAUCCGGUGCCACCACAGCCAGGCACACCUGAAGUGCGAGCUUGGCAACAGACAGGCAAACUUGAAGUCUUAGAGAUACUUGUGCCUGUUCAAGAUUCUGAUCUCGUGGACAGGUUUUUUUGCUACGACAUCGAAUACAGACCAAAGGGCAAGAGUGAAUGGACAAGGAUUCCAGACAGCCAAAUGCACAUGAACCAUGAUCCGAAGUGGGACGAGCCCUUGGACAGCUACUGCUUCUCAUGUUUGCUCAUCGGCCCAAAGCCUGUGAUUGAAGAACGUGAUGCUUUGGAGUUUCGAGCACGAUCAGUGAACAAUGCGGGGCCUUCAAGAUGGAGCCCUCCGUCUCCAAGCAUCCAUCUGGGAAGCGCGGAAGACCAGGGUGGUGGUGAUGCAGAGCAGACCGAGUUGCAACUCACAGCAUUAGAUGUGUUUUCUGCAGCAUCAGCGGUGCUUGCAGAUGUUGCAGCUGAACCAUCACCAAUUCAAACAGGUAAAGCCACUCUGUCUCGCGGACGGACACAAAUCUUGGAGAGCCCCAAACCAUCACUGGCUCAUUCGAAUUUCCCAAAAUGUCCUCGGACGCAUUGUCGCAUCCAAUGGCAAUUAGAAGAAGGUGAAGAGAUUCACUACCAGGUUGAGGCUCGCGAGGAGCGGUUGCCAUUCUAUGCGGCGUGGACUCCGUUGCCAGCGUACUAUCGCUACAACGAAGACAAGGUUGGAGAGGUCUUUGUUUCAGGUCUUGAGAGCUUUCCUGUGGCGGAACCGCUGAUCCUGCGAAUGCUCAAGGGCAGUGGGAAGCGAGGUGUUUGUGCCACCGUCCGACUUCAUGGAGUUGCUGGUCCACCUGCUCCACCGUCUCUACAACUUGCUCGGACGCUGACUGCACCCGGCAGUGAGCUCCCAGUGGCAGAGCUCAUGUGGCAUGAGAAGGAGCCCCUGAAAGAGAUGAAGACAUUGAUCGAGGCCUCUUGGGAACUCGAAAACUCCUUGAAGACAGGGUGGAGUCAACUUGCUACGGCGCAGCCUAUGCAAAUGGACGAUGGAGAAGAGGGGCUUCUCAACAUUUGCUUUGUUCAGCUUCAACUGCCGAAUGCCGACGGAGGACAAGGAACUCGUUGUUCCCUGCGGAUGCGGUAUGAAGGGCCCGAUGGACAGAAAGGGGAAGCAUCUGCUGAGACUGAUGCUGUGCAGCUGGAUGAUGCGAUCCAAACGGCAAAAGCAGCUCAAGAAAUUGUAAGGCGAACAACCAUUAAGAAAGCAAAGGCUCCGCGUCGACCGCAGCAGCUGACAAUCAUAAGUGGCAGCAAAAGCCUCUGGGAGGUUUCUUGGGAACAGAAGGGAAAAUCGGACAAAGUACCAAUCUAUGAAGCAGAAGUUUGCUUCGGCAAAGCUGGCUUGGAGGCUCCAGACGAGGAUUGGCAGCCAGUUCGCAGCUUAUACGUGCAACAGAUGGAAGAGGCUGAAGGAGAGAAUGGUGGACUACGUUCAGUAACAGCUCCUUGGAUAUCCUUGGAUUCCAGAAGUGAAUAG